AUGACCAGUAAUGAGGACACUCUCCCGGCUUCGGAUUCCCACACUAGGAUGCAGCGGAUCCGGGAGGGCAUCCACAUAAGGACCAUGAAGGCCAAACGGAAAGUGGAGGACAUCUCUAAAGAAGAUGUCCAGGCCUUCUUCAAGAAGCACGCCUUCGUGCUCUUUACUGUAGCAGCCGUCGUUGUAGGUGAGUGAACCCCCCCCCCCCCCCCCCGCAAUGCCACACACCCCUCCACUCACACACAUAGGCCUACAUACACAGUACACACAAACAGUCCUACAUACUCACCCACACACUUUGAAACCCAUGCUCUCCUAUUGUAAUCCAAAAUCCCAUAGGGAGGACUCACCUACAUACCUCAUUCUAGAUGUGAUUGAGAGACACAGAGCCUCUCAUUGUCCUCUGCUCUACAUGCAGUUUCAUGUUCAUGUUUCAAGCACACUAAUCAGCUCUUCUGAUUCUCCAGGUAUAAUCCUAGGCUUUGCACUGCGUCCCUAUAAGAUGACCUACCGAGAGGUGAAGUACUUCUCUUUCCCUGGAGAGCUGUUGAUGAGGAUGCUGCAGAUGCUGGUGCUUCCCCUGCUGGUAUCCAGUCUAAUCACAGGUACACCAAGUCACUAUACGGAUGCCCUGCGCCAGAGGCAAGUUUAGAUGUUUUGAACAUGCAGAUGAGGGGUGGAUUUAGUGGUGUUUGAAAUACAGGUGUGGAGGCCCAAGGGAAAAGGGGGAAUGCCAAAGGGGCUUGAGGCACAAGCACAGGUACUGUAACUUGUGCUUAAUCCGUGUUAAAUCUAUUAUUCUCCAGAUUCCCGUUGGUCUCUAGGUUCUGGCAUGGAGACAGUCACUUCAUUGUACUCCUUUGCUAUUAAAAUGUGGUGCAGAGAAUGAGGGAGGAGGGAUGGAGGGAUGGAGGGAGUGGUGCUAGCUUCAGUAGAAAAGACACCCACUGCCUGUGGGUCUGAGAGGGUAGCUUUGGGAUGGGCACCCCCUUGCACCUCUUCCUCCUGCUUCGCUUCACAUGGAUAAAAGCACACAAUGUGCCCCACUUUCUCCACAGCUGUAUUGUUUUGUGGCAUUCCAUGACCACCUAGCACCACAAUACUGUAAGUGGUUUGGAGGAUGGUGGGGUAAGAGGUUACAUCCCAGAAAAGAGGCCCACUGCCCGGGUACACAAGCGGACAUCUCCCUGAGUCCUCCACAAGGUUAGGAUCCAUAUGACCUAGCUUGGUAUGAUGUGCAGUAUAAAUGACAUCACUAUGCUAAUGCUGAGGGAUUUACUGUGACCUUGAAACUAGACCUGCAGCAGCAAUCUCUAGUCAUUUCUCAAAGUAAGAUUGAGCUGAUCUGUACUGUAUCUAAUUUUAAACUUACCUCUUUUUAAACUAACCUCCUUUUAAACUAACCUAAUUUGUGAAUGUUCACACUCACUUGAAAGAAGCUGUGAAUGUUUACUAAGUAUACUUUCUCUGAUACCACUUUAAACACCCUAAAAAAACGUUUAUUGUGGAGUGAAAGGCAGAAAAGGAGAAGUAUGCGUGGGGUAAUUUUUUAAAAAUGUUUCCCUCUUUGUAGUAACCCCUGAAAAGAACCCACAUGAGUCAUUUCUUUAGUCCUGUGAAAUUGGUCACACAGGCUUGUUUGCAGUUUCCAUGGCGAUGUGGAGAUGCAAAGUCGUUAUGGGGGCAUGGCAAGUGGACAAGUUUCUGAGGACUGAGGGCAGAGACAGAAAAAAAGAGAAAGGGAGAAACAGGGAGAGAUAGAGAAAGAAAGAGAGAGAGGGAAAGAAAGGCAGAAAGAAAGGCAGAAAGAAAGAAAGAAAGGCAGAAAGAAAGAAAGAAAGAAAGAAAGAAAGAAAGAAAGAAAGAAAGAAAGAAAGAAAGAAAGAAAGAAAGAAAGGCACAGAGCAGAGAGAGACACAGAAAGGAGCAGAGGCACAGGGCAGCAGAGGGGUGAUUGUGGGAGAGGGAGGCGGAAGGAAGGAGAUUGAGAGCUGAACGUGGGUUAAAUGGAGGGUGAGGGGGUUUAGUCUAAUGGCAGUGCCCCUAACAGGAUUAAAGCACAGACAUCUCGCUUACACAAAAAAUGCUUACUCCAUCAGCCCACUGAAUGGGGAUAACACACCAGAACAGACCCUGACACCUUGGAAAAUCCAAAGCAAACUUUAUUGCAACGCUUUGUCAGGUUGAGGUCUUUCUCUAUAAUGGCUCGUUGUUUGGCUCUCUUACCCUUGGUCUUUUUGUAAGAUUUAGACAGAGAGAUGUCAGUAGGCAGAAGCAAACCAUAAUCGUUAUCUAAUUUCAGAUGGAGAACGUCAGUAUUUUUGCUCGCCUGUUUGUUUUGCUACUACCCUGGUUUGCAAUCGCACUAUGACUUCUGUCAGAUGACUGUCAGGCAGCCCAUUAAUCUGGACACCCGUUGACUCUUUGUAUUAGGCUGCAUUCUCCAGCAGGUCAGAUAAUCUCUUGUCUACAAUAAUGAGAGAUGGGGAGGAGGAGAGUGACUGCCAGGGCAGUAGACUAGUUCACACUGAGGUAAUGUACUAGUCUCUUGAUGUUCCAUCUGAUAGUCCCAGUUCACUGAGUUCAACCUCAUUUUCACCCAUUGUCUGAUGAUGAGAUAUCUGAGAACCCUGCUGUUCCAAUACCAGCCAACAAUUGCCUACGUUACGGCAUAGACACUUCUCUACAAUUCUGUGGCCCCUCAGUUCUCACAGUGUACCUGUCUCUGCCUCAGGGCAUUGGGUUUUCCUUGACUAGAGCAAGGACUCACCCUUCUGUCCCUCAGGCUCCAACACCAUCCAACACAUCAGCAUAGCUUCAGGAGCUAGCCAGAAUGCAGGCUAAUAUGGCUACAGGCAAUUGCUAUUUCAAGUGUUUUCAUGCCACUGCUAUGAAGAAAUGUUAGAAAUGUUGCACAAUGGGAUAAUACUGUUCUUCUAAACAACAUCUCCUCUGUCUCUCCUAACCAGGCAUGGCAGCGCUGGACAGUAAGGCUUCAGGAAAGAUGGGUAUGCGAGCUGUGGUGUAUUACAUGACCACCACCAUUAUCGCUGUCAUCAUAGGCAUCAUUGUGGUGCUCAUGAUCCACCCUGGGAAAGGAUCUAAGGAUGAGUUCAUGAAACAGUCGAAGAUAGAGGACAUCAGCCCUGCCGACGCCUUCUUGGAUCUCAUCAGGUAGCUAGCUGCAUACUACUGUAGGAGGAGGGUCAGGGGUUUGGUGGAGGAAAUAUGAACUGUUUUUGUGCCAUUGUACCCCUGUGUUCAUUUGAUUGUGAUGAUCAUGCUCUUUCAUUUCAGAAACAUGUUUCCACCAAACAUGGUCCAGGCCUGCACACAGCAG